AUGGAGACCACUACCAACGACCAAGAGCGCAAGGCUCGUAAGCGGGCACAGAACCGGCUGAAUCAGAGAGCACGGAGGGAGCGUUUGAGAAAAGAAAAAGAAGAUGGGAAUGGGCUGGGCAAACGACCUUAUCGAGUUGACCGCUGGAGGAUCGGUACAGACGCAAACAAUGAAGAAGAACCCAAGACUGCUUCAACCAAGAAUAUGGAGCUACCCAGAGAAGAAGAACAGUCACAAUCGCAGCAGAUUAUCAUAGCAGACCAACCUAGCUCCAACUUGGCUGUGGCCAUUCCUGUUGACCAUCGCCUUCUUCACCUCAUCAGCUACAAUGUUUGCCGAGGCAUGAUGACCAACAAGAAAAUGAUGAGACUGUUUGCAGAGUUCAUCACAGCACUCGACUUCCCAACACUGGAACCCCAGUCAAAGACAUACUGCGAAAUUGCCGUCGUUCGAUCUAUUGAUCGAGAACAUCUACCACUACCAACUCGCCUUGAACCUACUCAGGUCCAGAUGACCUCGCCACAUCCUUGCUGGAUCGAUGUCUUCCCGUUCCCAGAACUAAGAGAUAAUCUCAUUCGGAAGCAACUCAUAUAUGAUCACAUACAGUUUCUGGAGGAUUUGGUCGGUGAUUACGUGUACAAACUUCCUCCUGCAGUACCGUCAACAAGGUGCAUUGUACCGCAAUUCACAAGCCUAAAAGGAGGAAAUCUCCCAAAGGAAAAUGCUGGAAUGAUCUUAUGGGGCGAGCCACAUCUCAGUGAGAGCUGGGAAAUUACUCCAAGCUUUUUGGCAAAAUGGUCAUGGUUAAUUGGAGAGUGCAAGGAUCUUGUUCAUGUUUCUAACAACUGGAGACAGAGUCGAGGGGACCAACCGUUGCGAUCUGUCCGUGUUUCUUGA